AUGUCGAACUUUGUUCAGGAUUUUGAAGAAGAUGAACAGUUUCCAAGCACUGUCAUCUCACACUCGUCUAACGAGAGUCCCAAUCCUGUUGAAAAUGGUGGUGAUGCUUCAACUCCUACCACCACAAGUUCAAAGAAGAAAAGAAAUCUUCCAGGGAAUCCAGAUCCAGAUGCAGAGGUUGUUGCAUUAUCUCCAAAGACUCUAAUGGCAACCAACAGGUACAUAUGUGAAGUCUGCCAUAAAGGAUUUCAAAGAGAUCAGAACCUUCAGCUCCAUAGGAGAGGACAUAACUUGCCUUGGAAGCUGAAGCAAAGAACCAAUACACCGGUUAAGAAAAGGGUUUAUGUCUGUCCUGAGCUAAAUUGUGUGCACCAUGAUCCAAGCCGGGCUCUAGGUGACUUGACUGGAAUUAAGAAGCACUUCUGCAGGAAGCAUGGAGAAAAGAAAUGGAAGUGUGAUAAAUGCUCCAAACGAUAUGCUGUUCAAUCAGACUGGAAGGCACAUACAAAGAUCUGUGGCACCCGAGAAUAUCGUUGUGAUUGUGGCACAAUUUUUUCAAGGAAGGAUAGCUUUGUCACACACAGAGCCUUCUGUGAUGCAUUAACAGAGGAAAAUUACAAGAUGAACCAUAACCUUGCCGCCAGUGGGGGGAUUUUGCAAAGCCAAGCGCAAGAGCUGUUCACUUCAUCAAUGCCCAGUUCUGAUUCAUGCUCCAAUGCAAACACAAUGAUGAAUCUGUCGGUUUCUAAUGAGAAGAUGGACAAUUCACCAAGGCCAUUAUCUCUGAACCCAGCUGGAGUCAUGAUAUCCAGCAAUUUAGAUCCAAUUUUCAAUCCAAGAACGUCAUUGGCAUCUCCUCUAGCAAUUGGGUCCGCUUAUACAUCUGCCACAGCCUUGUUGCAGAAAGCUGCGGAAAUGGGUGCUAAGAUCAGCGAUAAUACAAUCGCCCCAAUACUCCUGAGAGGUUUUACCGGAUAUUCUACCGGCAGCAUGAACUCAGCUGGCUCUGCCCAGGAAGGUUCUUCCAUGGUAGGUAGCAACAUAGCAACAAAUGCGGCAAGCACCAAUAGUUUGUUCGUGGGAGACGAAACAUAUGACAAAAACUUGGAGGCAGGGGAUUUAAGAUGUCACCAUACUGUUGCUCCAACUGCAUUGUUCGAUUCUCAUUUUCUGGACUCAGAGAAUGGGAACGCUACAAAUCUGUUGGGAGAAGCGUACAUGAGAGGAGGUGAAAAAAUGACAGUUGAUUUCUUAGGUGUGGAGCCAGCAGGGCAUCAGAGUACUGACAAGAAAAGAAGCUAUGACGGUAACAUAAUGAACUUGGAGUAUUCCAAUGCGCAGCAAAGCCUGAACAAUUUGCGUUCAAACUGGUGAACUACAGAACUAAUUCUAGUCUGAAGGUUAUUAGUGAAGU